GUGCGCCGUCGGCGUCAGGACGAUCCCUCCAUCCCUGGUUGCUCAUUUUAUGAAACUUUUAAUUUAAGCGGUCGGGAGGAGGUUCUUCCUGUUGGUAUUUACAACCUCUUACUUCACGCGAACAUUGUCGUUUACAGCUAUUACUACAUGCUUGAUCCAAAAGUUGCAACUUAUGUUUCGAACGACUUUCCGAAAAACACAGUUGUAAUCUUCGAUGAGGCUCAUAAUAUAGAUAAUGUGUGCAUUGAAUCAAUGAGCUGCGUAAUUUCUCGGCGGGCUCUGGAUCGUUGUAACCAGGGUAUUGAAAAGUUGGUGUCUCGUGUGGCAGAAGUGAAGCAGAAUGAUGCAGCAAGACUUCAGCAGGAGUACAAUCGUUUAGUGCAGGGUCUUCGGGAAGCCAAUGCUGCACGGGAAACUGAUACAGUGUUGGCGAACCCAACGGUUCCCGGAUCGCUUCGAAGCGCUGACAGUUUUAUCAGCUUUCUUCGUAGGCUAUUGGAGUAUGUAAAAUUGCGUCUUCGUGUCGCGCACGUUGUGCAUGAGACACCGGUAGCGUUUCUUAAGGACUGUCUUGAAAAGGUUUGCAUCGACAGACGGCCACUUAGGUCCUGUGCUGAGCGCUUGCAGUCUAUGCUUGAUACAUUGGAAUUUGCUGACCUUGGACCUUUCUCAGGAUUGACGCUCCUCUGUAACUUUGGUACACUGGUUUCGACGUAUACCAAAGGCUUUUGCGUGAUUAUUGAACCCUUUGAUGAACGCGCUCCCACUGUAGUUAAUCCCAUUCUCUACUUCCACUGUAUGGAUGCCAGCUUCGCCAUACGUCCUGUCUUUGAGCGGUACACUAGUGUCAUCCUCACUUCUGGGACCCUUUCACCUCUGGACAUGUACCCACGGAUAUUGAACUUCCAUCCGGUCAACUCCGCCUCUCUUACCAUGACUCUGGCUCGCAAUUGCAUCUGUCCAAUGGUAGGUCACCCUCGUCUCACCUCAUUAUUCUUAAACAUGGCAUUUGCUUCAAAAUUACAUUUUUCCCUACUGAGUCCUUGGGAUUAA